AGACUCAUGAAGAAGAAGAGGAAUGGCUCGAGUGGUUGCAACAGUCUGAAGCCCACACAAUUCUUCACAACGUACCAGAUUCACGGAUCCCGAGGACAGCGUGGCUACAGCAGCUGCCAGGGGUGUCAUCACGACACCGCAGGACAACCCAAUGGAGGUGGAGCCUUCGCCUCCUCCCCCUCCUCUUGUACUACCAAUGGAGUUGGACCCACCCAAGUCACAGUACCCAACACAUCCUACAUCUGGUUAUGGGUCUCAGGAGGUGGACACGCAUGCUUCUGGUCAUUUUCCAAGGGCAUUUCUGUCAGAGCGAAGGACGGAUGGUGGGGUACAACCAGAAGUCUGACAUCCCUUGCAACCACAGCUUCCGGUCCAGUGCACCGUCCACAAUCCUACCUCCCCUCCUGUUGUAGAGCUGACUAUAUGACGCCAAUCUGUCACUUUUGGGGGGAGGAACGUUCCGGCGUAAAGUCAGGCGCUGGCAUGCCAGUUGGGAAUAUUAGACCACAGAAGGCUGUGAAGAAGGCGUCAGCCAAUUGCAUAUGGACCGGCCCCUCUCUAGGACAACAGCAUGAUGGCAGCACCCUCAGCACAAAGAGAACAUAAGAGCCUCACCAUUUGGCUGCAGCCCAGUU